UCGCCUUAGGCUAUCGCCCAAGGUAUGUUGAAGAAAAGGAAGACAAAAGCGAGGAUUCGCAAAAUAAUCAAAACUAGAGAAUGUCUACUAUGUACUGAUAUACUGAGAGUUAGGAUUAUAUCUUCUAAACAUCAAUCUUGCGACCCCACCCCCUGGAGGUCAAGCACAGCGCAGUGUCCUCUUAUCCCCCUUCCUGGAAUGACGGACCGAGCCUUAGCUAUUCCAAGCGCGAAAGCCGACCCCCUAAUGGGGUCACGAUAGUGUGCUACGUGUGCAUCCAUGAUGGGGUUGAAGCGAGUUGACCGCUAGCUUUUUUUGUGACGAUGCCAACAGGUUGGUCGUGCUUAUCACCCUCACCCAAAGAGCAUGAAAGAAAGAAAACAGCAACCCCAGCCACCGGGUGACCUCGGAGAUUGCCUCGAUCAACGAUCCGUGCAAUUUCUUUGAUUGAUGGGUUUUUUCUUAUUCAACGCAUGUAUGUGCAACUGCAGAGUCGAUAGAAGGUCGACAGACCAAACUUGGGGGAAACAUUCAAGGGAAGUGCUGGCAGAUGUUUAGUGGGGCCGGGGCAGGAUGUCCCCUCCAAAAAACAUACCAUAGGCCAUGCCACUCACUGAACAGCUCAUCAUCAACCAGCCAAGAUGCAAAGCUCCCUCACGCGAGCGAGCGACUGCGGGGAUCAAAGGUGCAGCUUUCUUUUACUUUUUCUGUUUGUUAGGGCGGUUGGGUCAGGGGUCUCCACUGUACUGCCCAACCCUAUAGGUGGCUGCUGGGAUUGUUGCCCGAUGGAUUUUAUUCCCGCCUUCUUUGCCAACCCAACAGUCUUGUCCUAUCGGUGGACGGAGCGGUCUGUUUGCUCAAACAUGAUAAUAAUGCUAAUGGAUAGGAAAUGAGUCCACGUUGAGUCGGUUCGAGGUAGCGUGGGUGAAGAACUGUCAACCCCUGCAUAUGGUAGUAUCUCUAGGGUAUGAUGAUUCCAUCAUUCAACCUAAUACUACCAUGAUA